CACACAGGCUAUGGCAAUAUUGCACCACGCACAACACUCGGCCGUUUGGUUACGCUCGUCUAUGCCAUUUUUGGCAUACCACUUACGCUCGUUUAUCUCUCCAGCACCGGCGGCAUUCUGGCGAAAGUGGCACGCGAAGUGUUCUCCAAAGCGCUGUGCUGUUGCCUUUGCUCAAAUUGCGGCUAUUGUUGUUACGAUGAAAAGCGUAUGGCCGAAAAAGAGCGGCGCAUGAAACGCAAACGACAACAGGAGGAAUUGCGUAAACAGCAGGCUGCCUUACAGGAACCCUAUUUUGUACACGACUCAUUUCCAACAACCGAAAAACAAUCAAACCUAGCGGGUAGUGGCACACAAAUGCUGCCACCUGAUAUCGAUUCACUGAGCGCCAGCGAAUCACGUGGCUCAAUGCACGGGCUAAGUAUAUUGGCGCCAAUUUUGUUGUGUCUUUCGAUGAUGGUUAUUUACAUACUAAUCGGUGCGGUGGUAUUGUAUCGACUAGAAGAUUGGCCUAUACUCGAUGGCAUCUACUUUUGUUUCAUGAGUUUGUCCACAAUCGGUUUCGGUGAUAUGCUACCGGGGUUACGGCGUGAGUCCACUGCAACUACAUGGUUUUGUUCGAUAUACAUAAUGUCCGGCAUGGCAUUGACAGCGAUGUGUUUUAAUGUUAUACAUGAGGAAAUUGUGCAUCGCAUCAAAAUUGUGGUGGAAUUCAAGAAAGGUGCUAACGUAUUGGAUACGAUGAGUGAGGAGCAGGGAUACUAUAUGCCGCCUUGACAAUAUGAAAAGGGCACAAGUUUGUACAAACGUAAUCCCACCGAAGAGACGCUGGUAUCGGGCACACCCACUUCACUCACCUAUGGCGCUCAACUGGAAACAGAUCUAAAUCAAAUGCACCAAAUGAAAGAAUAUAUUAAUCACGAGCUCGUAC